AUAAUGGCUGUCCCGGCCUGCACACUGCACUCCCAUCACUGUACAUGAGAGUCAGCUCUCCCCCAUAGACACACACUGACACCUAGUAUCCGCCUCGCUCCCAGCUCUGAGACGGGAGAGCACCUGGGACGGCUCUGUACUGCUACACGGAAGUCCCCGUCCUGUGCUGUGGUGCGUGAAGGGGGAGCUCCGGAAAGGCCGCACAGACCGGGGAAUAGAGUUAUGGCUCCGCUCCGAGUGCUGGAGCUGUACAGCGGCAUCGGGGGCAUGCACUGCGGGCUGGCAGAGAGUGGCGUAUCUGCGGAAGUUGUGGCAGCAGUGGACGUCAACACGACGGCUAAUGAGGUCUACAAGUAUAAUUUUCCUAAUACGCCGCUGUGGCCUAAGUCUAUAGAGGGAAUCCCAGUAAAAGAGCUGGAUUGCUUGUCUUUUGAUAUGAUCUUGAUGAGCCCGCCCUGCCAACCAUUUACACGGAUCGGCCUGAAAGGUGAUGUGUCUGAUCCUAGGGCAAAGAGUUUCCUCUAUGUUUUGGAAGUCCUCCCAAGAUUAAAGAGGCCUCCCACUUAUAUUCUUCUGGAGAAUGUGAAAGGAUUUGAAUCCUCUGCGGCACGAGACGCAUUGAUCAAAACAUUGCAGAGUUGUGGGUAUGGUUACCAAGAGUUCCUCCUGUCUCCAACGUGUCUUGGAAUUCCAAAUUCAAGGCUGCGAUACUUUAUUAUUGCAAAGCUCCAAGCAGAACCAUUUGCCUUCCAGACCAUCGAUACAAUACUUGAAGACUUUCCAAGUACAAAGCCAUCGGUACUGAAUUGUUCCAGGUCUGCUCCGUGUUUGGAAGGAAACUCGCAGACAGAUGUAGAUCAGAGGAGCCACACACAAUGCCCAGCAGGGACCAUUCUAUAUAAGCUGGAAACCUCUGAGGAGCUGGAGAGAAAAGCCAGCCAGGACAGUGACUCCUCUGUACAGACACUGCAAGGCUUUCUGGAGGAGAAAGUGGAGAUCGGCCAGUACCUGCUGCCCCCAAAGUCCUUACUGCGAUAUGCCUUCAUUUUGGAUAUUGUCAAACCGACAUGUAGAAGGUCGACGUGCUUUACAAAAGGAUACGGGCAUUACGUGGAAGGAAUGGGCUCUGUUCUUCAGGCUGCAACAGAUGUAGAGAUUAGCUCGGUGUAUAAAUCACUGGAGACAUUGUCCGAGGAGGAGAAACUCACUAAACUGUCCACACUGAAACUGAGAUAUUUCACACCCAGAGAAAUCGCAAACCUGCACGGAUUCCCCCCGGAGUUUGGUUUUCCUGACAAAAUAACAAUUAAGCAGCAAUAUCGCCUGCUGGGGAACAGUCUAAAUGUGCACAUUGUAGCUAAACUCAUCACACUGCUGCUUCAGUCACACUGAUACAAGGCGGAAAGAAGAACAACACAACCAUGGCGAUUUUAUUUAUGUAUAGAUAUGUAAUGGAACUUAAAUAUAUUUAACAAUAAAAAAAGGAAUUGUA